AGCACACGGCAUGCAAGUAGCACACAACAGUAAAAGAUAUACUUACUAUACCUCUGAUUUACUAUAAUUAAAACAAAUUUAUGCCGAAAUGAUUAUACCAAUUCGAUGCUUUACAUGUGGAAAAGUGAUUGGAAACAAAUGGGAGUCCUAUCUCGGUUUGCUGCAGGCCGAGUACACAGAAGGUGAUGCUCUAGAUGCCUUGGGCUUGAAACGUUAUUGUUGUCGACGCAUGCUGCUCGGGCACGUGGAUCUCAUCGAGAAGCUAUUGAACUACGCACCCCUUGAGAAGUAAUGACUUCGAUUUAGAGUUUUAUAUUUUAAGAAAAAUAAAGGCUUCAUAACAAGUCACAACUACAAAUUGUCCAUAAA